AUGAGUGCGCUUAACCUUUGUGAACUGAAAGAACAAAAUGCGCAAGUGGAAACAGUAGAAUUAAUCAGUGAACUCCGUGAACACAUGUAUUGUGAAGACGAGUGUCCACAUGACUUAUGGGAUGAACACAAUAAAAUAUCAGUGCAACAACUGUUUUCUAUAAUUCGAGAUAAAGUUAGAAAACUGCUCGUUACUCAUCCUACUGUCUGUGUGAUCAUUGAUGAUGCAAGCCAUUUUUUAGACAUGGGAGUAUCAUUAAGGGAUGUUUUAUCUCUUCUCCAAUAUUGUCGAACUUUGUUAACCACAUUUUCUGGCGUGUCUUUGGUUGUUUUAACUCAUGUUAUUACUGAAGAUGAUUCAAAUCUUUUAGCUAAUAAUGUUGCACAUGUAGCAGAUACAAUUGUAAAUAUUUCUGUUCUGAAAACUGGGCACAGUAGUGAUGUGACAGGUGUUAUGGAGGUGAAAGACAAGCAGAAUAAUGAUGCUUCAAGUGAACAAUGGAAUGUGUCAAGUUUGUUUCACUUUAAAGUAAUGGAUCGUCAAGUAAAACUUUAUGCACCUGGUACAUCUAUGUUGAGAACAUGA